AUGUCUUUUAAUCUCCAGAAAUACCAGAAGAGUCUAGUGUAUAAGUUGGCUGAUGAAUAUCUUCUUCAAGCACAUGCUGUUGCUGGUCGUGUGAACUCAGAAGAAUCUCUGAAGGAAUAUUAUACUUUGGUACAACAAGCCAUUCGAGGAUAUCAGUAUGUUAAAGAGGGCUUCCAGUUGUCUUUAGAGCAAGAUUUCCAGGUUACAGUGGCGUUGGUGUCUGUUCUGCUAGAUGAAACGCAUGAGAUAGAGUUAGCAGAGCAAUAUCUGAAUUCUCUGCAUACAAGGCUUCAGCGAACGACAUAUACAGACCACAAGUAUGUUAUUCAAUUCUAUUUAUUGUAUCAGGUCCCAAUGCACAAAAAUAGUGUACCCGAGAUCAAGAAUGCUGUUCGGGGACUCGGCAGGCUGAUAGCAUCUAUUGAGGAGAAUGAACCUUGGAGGUUAGUAUUCCAAUACUGUCGAGUCGCACUUAUGGAAAAAAGCUAUACCUCAUCCAAAAAUCCAGAUCACAUUACUGAAGAAUAUUGUUCGAUAAUUGAGCAAUGCGCGGUUAGCAAGAGUGAGCUUUAUGGCUUUGCCGUCUGUUCCUUUGUCACUUUCCUAUUGAGCAAGUCUUUACCCAUCGAUGGUGGGGUUUUGGAUAAGCUAAAAAAUCUGCGCCAAAACGAUAGCACAACCCCGAAGCUAAGGCUCUGGGGCCUUCUUCUUGAUUUACUGGUUGCAAUUAAAUUGGAUGAGAACAUUACAGUCCUUUUGACUGAUUUCAAAGAGUUUUUCUCACAUUAUAAGUCUGAGUUGGAUAACAGCUCAGAAAAGCUGUCUUUGCAGGUGAAACACGGCCUAGAAUUGGCAUUGGACCUUCCUUUUUUUAAUUAUACGGACUGCAAGAAUAUACUGCUGUUAUUCCAAAGUGUUAGCUAUUUAACUAACUGUUAUAGCAAGAAAUCUAACUUCUCGACGAAAUUCUUACCCAAGGUGCUGAAAUCAACUGCUGAACUGAAAUCAAGCUUCCAGAGAAAAACUUCUGUGAGUAGGCUCUCUUAUUUAAGGUCAAUUUAUGAUAGUAUGAUUGAACUUUGCCACUUUUACCAGAUGUGGGAGUUUAUGAUACUAUCUGGCCCUGUUAAAGGAGAGUUCCCCCAAUUCAGCGAUCCAGAUUACUACACAUUAUUAGAAGCUAUGAAUUCGCACAUGGCAAUUGAGAAUGAGUCGGAGCAUGUUACCAGUCUGUACAAGUCAAUUAUCAGGUCAAAAAAUUUAGAGGUAAGACUAAUAGCUAUGAUUCACAAUCAUGUAUUUUGUGUCUCCCAAUUGAGCAAGUGUCAGCAUCAACCUGAAGUUAUAUCUGACCUAACCCACAAAGUGAAUGACUCUUGGAAGCAAUUGGUGAGUAGCUUUCAGAAUUCUAUUUUGUGCCAUAACCGUACCUGGCAAUGCACCAUCGCUUGUCUAUGGAUUAUCUCAAGAUUUGAACCAUUCACCGGACGUCCACUACCUAAGGAUGACGAAAAAGAAGUUCAAUUCUAUAUGGACCAACUAAAUGGAUUCUUCAGCCAAAAUGCAUUACUUCCGGAAAUUCAGUGUCACUCUUUGAAUGAAAGCGAAAUUGGACAAUAUACAUUAAAGAAAAGUUUACUGCUUCAUUUCAUACUGAACUAUUUAGGAGGGUCCAUAUUAGUAUCCGACAUCAAUGACCGCUGUAAUUUAUCUGCGUCUUGUUUCCAAAUAUCGAAGAACCAACAUAUGCCUUUCAUUAGAUAUUUAGGUGGUAUUUGGCAUCUAAUGAACUGUGCCGUUACUAUGAAUGGCAAGGAACUGGCUAUUACUAGGGCAAAAUUAGAGAAUCUGGUGAAGGAAUUAGGGAAGAGCUGA